GCUGGUCUGAUUGGCAUUGGUCUUCCUCCUGGAGCUGGUGGGGUUCCGGCUUGUGGGGAAAGGCACCUGGGGAUGAAGUCAAUCGAGACUAUUCAGCGCCUCCGACGUGGCAUGGGCUAGAGAAUUUGGAGCUGUACUUGGCAAGUCUCAAGUCCUGGGACGGGCGGACCGCAUUCAAGGCGGAGACCCGCGCCGGGCGAGUGAUCGAGACGUUCCCCAUCGAGCUUCAGGCGAGAUUCAAGAGUAUCAGGCACCCGACCGACGAGAGCGACGGCCUCAGUAAGGUCAUUGACCAUCUUAAGUUGCUCAACGGGGAGCGUCCAGGGGAUAAAGAGCGUGAGGCCCACAAUCAGGCACUAUUUGACUACUCGAUAAAGAAGGGAGAGUCCCUCACAGACUACGUGAUCAGGAGAGAUCAACAGAUUGCGGCCGCAGAACGGCUGGGACUGACACUUCCUGACACGGUGAAGGCCAGGUACUACGAGGAAGGAGCUAACUUGAACCCCCAGCUUCGACUCAACUUGAGGACCCUGAUGGCUGGCAAAAGGACCGUGGAGGCUGUUCGUUCUGCCCUACUGGAACUGGACAUCACUGAGAGGCAGACGCUCCCGAAGCCACAGGCUCCAGCUCAGGCCAGGAGCUUCGCGACCACGGUACCGGUCCUCGACGAGGCAGGGGAUUACGAGUGCGACGCAUGUGACGACAGCGAGUGUUUCGGCCUCUACGAGAUGGAGUUCGAUGAGCAGGAGCUCGCCACCAUCCUCGUUUCGCUAGACUCACAGGAUCUUGACGAGGAGCACAUCAUGGAGGUGUUUGCUGAGGUGACGCUACCUCAGCGUCGUCGUACGUGGGCAGAGUCUAGGCAGCUCAAGACGAACAGAAAAGUGGACAGGGAUUUCUUUGACCGCAGCAAGGGAAAGGGAACGAAGAAGGUCACCAGAGACGAUUUUAAAAAGAGGUCCCGCUGUUCGAACUGCGGGGAAAAAGGGCAUUGGCGAGAAGACUGUCGACGACCAUAUCGGAGUAAGGCCGAUAGGCUGAAGUCCGAGUCAUCACGGCCGGCAGCGGUCAACAAGGGCCCGGACAAGAAGCCAGCGCAGAGCUCGUUCUACUUCAAUUUGGACUACGACGCGACUCACUCCGGGACGAGCUGGGCAGCGAUUUUGGAUGAGUCGGGCCAGGUGGGCUCGCUCUCCGCUGCCGCCGCGACUGCGGGUCAGGUGGACCAGCAGGAGCGCGACCUGGGUCAGGUGGAUCUGGAAAUGCUCGCGGCGGCGACGCUGCAGGACAUGGACGAGUACGCGCUGGUAGACACCGCUGCUGGACAGGCUCUGAUAGGCACACCAGACAUCGACAAGUUGAGGGCUGCUUUCAAGAAAAAGGGUUUCGAGAUACACUUUGUCGACACCGACAGAGUUCCCACGGCGAACGGAGUCGGAGGAAAAGUCAAGCCAGUCGGAGUUGCAGCAGUUCCAGUGUCGCUUCAACAUUGUGGAGUGGUGGAGUUCUUGGUCCUCCCGCAUCCUUGCCCUCCCUUGCUUCCGGCGAAGUUUCUCGAUUUUCUGAGGUCAGUAAUAGAUCUGCGUCGUAAUGUGAUGACGAUUGGAGAAGAUGGAAGUCGACGUGAUUUGGAUCUGCUCAAGCUUCCUUCGGGGCAUCGAGCAGUACCAUUGAUAGGAUGCAAGCCGAGCGAGUUCGCAAUCAGUGAGGGUCUGGCCAGCAAAUUUCCGCCUUUCGUCGUGAAGGCAGGUCGUGGUGAUGUCUGGGCAGAGAUCCCGAAGACGCUCCAGGACUGCUGGGUUCAGGUUCCAGGUGCUGUUCGUCGAGUGCACGUGGGCCCUCGCCGUGAGGCUUUCAGCUUCCCCGAGGCUGAGCCGCCUCCUGUUCCAGUCUCGCAGUCAGGGCCGGGCCGCGUCACGUACCAGAUGCUUGACAAUGAGUUUUCCGCUUGCAGCGUUGUCGAGAGCAUCUGGGUCGACGGCAUCCCGAGCGAGACCCUGAGCUUCACGGGCCGCUGGAUCGGGUGCGCCGAGUUUCCGAUCGAGCACUCGAAUCAGGACUUAGGGGAAGGGCUGCAGCGGGGCACGUGUGGUAGGCACCAGGCGCUGAAGGCCCAGCGCGACGACUUCCAGCCCGACGAGGACCUGGAGGUCAUUCCCGAGAACACGGAGGAGGACCCCGACUCGGAGCUCGAGAUGAACUGGGACCAGACUCCAGAUCCUUGGAUAGACGGCAUGCUGAGCUCAAUCAACUACGAGGAGGAGAGCAUGACGGCGGUGGAGAAGGAGCUGUUCUUCGAGGGUGCCUUCCUGCUCAGCCCAGCUGCGCGCGCCUGGAGGAGGUGGUCGAUCAAGAUGAUGCUGUACCUCAGGGUGUGUGCGAUUUCCCGUCUGUCGGCGAUCGUAGCCCCUCGCAUGUCCAAGGUGAAGAGCGAGGAGGAGGAAGCGAAAGCGAGCUGCUCCCAUCCGAUGGAGGCGAGGUGGAGCGGCGGAAACGGGUACGGGUACUACACGAAGUGCCGGAUCUGCGACACCCGGCUCAGCUUCGUGAGGAAAACGAAGGAGGAGAUCGAGGGGGCCAAGCGCAAGGUGCUGGCCAAGCGCGAGUCCAAGACGAAGGUCGAGAAGGAGGAGUCGCCGGCGGAGAUCAAGGUCGAGCCUCCGCCGAGGUACAAGGCCCCGUCGAGGUACGUCGAGUUCUGCGACGGGGUGCCAGUCAAGCCGCCACCGCCGACGGCGAGGAAGUCCUUGCCAGUCACGAAGCCGAGGGCGAUCAGCAGCGCGGCAGGCAGCGGCGGUGCGGCGAGCAGCAGCAGCGGCAACCUCAGCAACAUCGAGAAGGGCUUCGAGACGAUGCAGUGGAUGAUGGUGGAGGACCGCAAGGAGCGCCAGCAGCAGAUGGACCUGCUGAUCAGCGUGAUGAAGGGGCUCGGAGCUCUGCGCCCGGUGGCCGCGCCUCAGGAGGACGAGGAGAGCUAG